UUCAAACAUGGCUUUCCUGGUGCUCCGCCCACUUCCGGCAAACACCUGCCAAAAAAUGAUAGCGUGUAAGGCUAAACAGCUGAACUGUCCGACUGGUCGCUACCCAAAGUGAGUGGGUUGGGUUCCGCUUUUCCAGAUGCUGAAAAUCAGCGGGCCCCAGAAAUCCUAGGUGCGUAUCGCCCUCGGACAGAGCUUUGUCUGACAAUUACUUCCAAACUCCCAGUUUUAUGCUUCAAUGAUGCCUAACCAUCCGGAUUCUUUCUUGAGCUUUAAUUUGGAAGUCAAAGACUGUUUCCGGGAGGAACCAUGACAAAAACGCUCACUUCCGGUAGAGGGGAGUAGCGAGAGAUUCUCUGCUCCACGAUGAAGGAGGUGGAGGAGCUGAUCUUGGAGAAGACACUGCCGCACCGUGAGUGACCUGCGAUGUCUGCGACCCUCAGCCCUGGACUAGAUGGCCACACCGUUUUCUAGUCAACGCAUUCCCCUACAUUCCUUUUUCUCUUGAACCUGGGAUCCUGUUCCGGUGCCCUAAGAGCCCAGACUCCCUUCCAACCUCUCAAGGACCCCACUAGAACCUUGCUAACCUCUCGGACUCCUGGGGUAUAGCUGACCCUGUACUUCUCUUGAAUCUUUCCCCAACCCCACGCUUUCCCGUCUCCCCGCAGCCCCAGAGCCACCCCUGGGCCAGAAUUCAGGAUGGAGCCCUUCCGGAAAAGGCUUUGCCCAGGGUCUCAAAGCCUGCCCUCCGGGUUCGAGCCCUGCCAUCCUUGCUCUAAGGAGCCUCCCCCAGGGCUUGGCCGUGGGCCCUUCGAGAUCCAGGAAACAGCACUUAGGGGUCUGGUGUGUAGGAGCACCCCUGCAGCCCGGACUGCACUGGGGACCUCUGGAAGAGGAGACCGUCUUGGAGAAGGGCGAGGGAGUGAAGACACCGCCCGAGGAGGACUUCUUGUUAGCCGAGUGCGGAGCCAUAUGUACCUGGAAGCAAAAUUCAGCUUGGACCAGUCUCCCCAAAAGAGUCUAAGUGUCCUGCACUCCAAGCUAGAAGAAGAAGUAGCUGUGGCAGAAGAGGAGUCCGCUACACAGGAAGAAGUGGCCUCCCCACAGGAGGAUUCAGCAGAGUCUUACACGGAUCCAGGUCACGAGUCACCUCAUAGUAUCCAAGGAGACAAUAUGCUAGUCUCUGAAUCUGUGGCCCAAACGGAAGAUCAGCCUUUCAAGGAUAGCCAACCCUUUGGCCUGUUGCUUCAAGAUGACAGCAUGGGUAAACAGCGCUUACCGCAGAUACCACCUGAGCCUCGGAGCAGUUCAGUUGCCCAGAAGAGCAGUGAAGCCAGUGCAUUUCCUCCCAGGGGUGCCCAGGUGCAAACCUGCCCAGCCAAGAAGUUAGAUGUCGCCAACAGUCAACACCUAGCUAUAGCCCAGAUCUCAGAGCCCAGAACCCAGCUCCCUGACCUGCCUGUGCUGCUCUGUAGCCCUUCGGACCCAGUAGGAAGCUCCUCAAAGAAGGGCCGACGAUACCAGUGUGGGGAAUGUGGCAAGGCAUUCCUGCAACUAUGCCAUCUUAAAAAGCAUGCAUUUGUGCACACAGACCACAAGCCCUUCCUGUGCACCGAGUGUGGCAAGAGCUACAGCUCCGAGGAAAGCUUCAAAGCCCACAUGCUGGGCCAUCGUGGUGUGCGGCCCUUCCCUUGCUCUCAGUGUGACAAGGCUUAUGGUACCCGCAGAGACCUCAGGGAGCAUCAGGUGGUCCAUUCGGGUGCCCGGCCCUUUGUGUGUGAACAGUGUGGCAAAACCUUUGCCCGCCGACCUUCCCUGCGGCUACACCGAAAGACCCACCAGAUGCCGGAUGCCCCUUCAUCAUGCCCAUGCCCAUGCUCAGUGUGUGGACGGCUCCUGGCCACCCAGGGUUCCCUGCGGAACCACAUGAGACUCCACACUGGGGAGAAACCUUACCUAUGCCCACACUGUGGUCGAGCAUUCCGCCAGCGGGGCAACCUUCAAGGACACUUGCGGCUACACACAGGGGAGCGCCCCUACCAGUGCCCCCAUUGUGCCAAUACUUUCCCCCAGCUGCCUGAACUGCGGCGCCAUCUCAUCUCCCACACUGGUGAGGCCUACCUGUGCCCUGUGUGUGGGAAGGCCCUGCGAGACCCACAUACGCUCCGUGCUCAUGAGCGCCUACACUCAGGGGAGAGGCCCUUUCGCUGCCCCCAGUGUGGCCGAGCUUACACGCUGGCCACCAAGUUGCGCCGCCACCUCAAGUCCCACAUGACAGACAAGCCGUACCAAUGCCCCAUCUGUGGCAUGGGCUAUGCUCUCCCUCAAAGCCUCAAGCGACACCAGCUCAGUCACCAGCGUGGGGUUUCAUCCAGCCCUUCUCUGCCUCCUGCUGCCUCUGAGCCCACUAUGGUACUUCUACAGAAUGAGCCGGAACUGUUGGACACUUGUAACCAACAGGAAACGCCCCCGGGUGCAGAUGUUGUGGAGAUCACAAUCUCUGAAAGCCAGGAAAGGUGCUUUAUAGUACCGGAGCAGCCAGCCCCUAGCCCCAGCCUGGUGCUGAUCCACAAGGACAUGGGCUUUAGUGGCUGGGCGGAGGUGGUGGAGGUAGAAGCAGGCACCUGACACCAUCAUCACCCCUCCUAUACCCCUACAAAAGCUCUCCGUGGAGACUUGUAGCAGAGUGUGUGUGUCAUUCAUUCCCUUUGGGUCUCCUGAGAGGUGCAGGAACCCAGCUGACUGGCUUCUUAGGGUUGGAUAGACUCAGCUGUCAAUCCACACAUCACAUGCCCUCUAUAGUUCAGGUUUUAGUAGGUGAAUGGAUGUUUAAGAGGUGAGAAGCAGGAAUGGAGAUGUGAUUCUAAAGAGGUGGUCAGGAGGCAGAUGCCUUAGUGAAGUGGAGAGCACACUGAGUAACAGUAGGCAGUGAGAGCUGGCGGAAGAGGUAGGUGCUAGGCAGAGAAAGAAGACCAAAACUGGGACUGGUGAGAUGGCUCAGCGAUUGAGAGCACUGACUGCUCUUCCAGAGGUCCUGAGUUCAUUUCCCAGCAACCACAUGGUGGCUCACAACCAUCUGUAAUGGAAUCCAGUGCCCUCUUCUGAUGUGUCUGAAGACAGCUACAGUGUACUUGUAUACAUAAAAUGAAUAAAUUUUUUUUUUUAAAGACAAAAGCCAGAGUGGCCACUUGCACCUCAAACUGCAAAAGGACCUUCUCUAGGACAGCAUUUUUCUGAUAAAUUAGCCAUGUUGCACUAUUCUUUGUUUUUUAAUAAAUUUAAUCAUGGGGAUUUGUAUGGUA